AUGAGCCAUGCAGCAAUAAAUGAUGAAGAAGAUCCAGAUUAUAAGGAUAUUGAAUCUGACAACGCUUUUAAUUUAACUGAUGAAGAAUUGAGGGCAAUUUGUCUGUGUAUACAAGAGGUAGCACUUCCAACUUGGGUAGCAAGACCUUUUACAAAUCUUGGAGAAGCCAGGCAUGGUAAACUCAAAGCUGAUGUAUAUCUUGUCCUAUUUACAGUCAUUUUGCCUCAUGUACUUCCUGGGCUUUGGUGGAACAAAGCAUCAAUUUACUGA